AUGAGUGAUCUGAAAUCACUAUGUUUGGUGUCAAAAGAGCUCAACCAACUCGCCCUCGAAAAGCUUUACGAGCGCAUCGACAUUCGCCUCUUCAGCGAAAACAACACUAACUACAUCCUUGAGCUACUCAAGGACGUAAAAGGGAACCUCCAGUAUACCAGAGAACUCGUCGUAGAAGAUGAGUGCAUCGCCGAGGAAACCACGUCUGUGCAGUACGGCAACGUUGGACUACCUGGCCUUGAAUGUUGGACGGGUUCUGGCGCCACGAAAGCAGAUCCUGAAGUACGCGACAGCAAUCUUGAGCAGGUCUUGGAUCUCAUCCCGGCGAAUGCCCUGCGCACAUUCCGUUUCCUCGGUCGACGAUCAUUUCCGUGGUGGCUGCAUAAGAAGCUCGCAUCGAACCAGAGAAAUAUCACAGACCUCCAAGUCAGUCUUACUAUGGGUCUCUUCGACAACUCUAUAUACAUACUACCAGAACUGUGUCAACGCGAAAAGGAUUUGAUACGACUGGACAUGUAUAUCGUCGAUGGGUCGUCACUCAACGGCCAAUUACUCGACUACGUUGAAGCCGUCGGAAGAAACCUGCAAUCCCUGUCUUUGAGCGCCAACGUUAACACUGACGUGUCCAAGCUGCUUCGGACCCACGAAUGGUCACCAUAUCAGCCCAAACUCCCACUGAAAGAACUCAGGUUGACUGGCUUGACAUUGAAGCACAUGUACAACUCCCUAUCGACGAUCAUCGAUUUCAGCAAGCUGCAAAAGCUCGACCUAGUAGAAUGCACCGGAUGCUUCAAACUCCUAUCGGAUAUGACAGAUGCGAUGCCAAACCAGCAGUUCGAUCUUACGCACCUUGCCUUGAACGAAUUUGUGCCUCGAAUUGGCAUCAUCAAAACUGAAGACGAGCGCAACAUACAUUUGGUCAACUUCUUGAAAGCAUGUCCAAACCUGCGCAGUCUGCACUUUGGUCAUUACGAUCUCGAAGCUUUACCACCAGGAUUGAGACAGUACCUACAAAGUAGAGGCAAGGAGCUCACGAGUCUGAGUCUAUACUCCAAAACCGAGAUAAUCGACGCUGGAGAGUUCGAUCUUAUUUGCCGAUUAUGUCCCAACCUAGAACAAUUCGCCGCCGGGAUCGACGAGGAAUUUAUAAUGGCAGAUGGGCUGUGGUACCAUAACCUGAGAGACUUCGUAGACUCCCUCCGCCGCCUCCCCAAACUCCGUACCCUACACACCCACCGCUCUUCCAUCUCCCUAGUCGGCGGCCUCGGCAACGGAUACGGCAACCGCUGGAACACAUCCAUGAUCUCGCUACAAGUGCAAAAGUUCGCAAACCUGCUCUUCGGCGAACUCUACACCGUUAACCCUGAUUUCGCCCUCGAAACACUUAUUGUGGGGCACUUGGGUCCGCUCUUGCGGAAAAGCAAUGCUAUCGAGCUGGACAACGGUCGUGAGGUCAAUUCGCAGCAUUAUCUGCCGCAGUUUUGCUUUGUGAGGAGUCGGCAGGAGGAUCUUUUGGGGAGGACGGCGACGACGGGGGUGAUGGUGAGUAGGGCUGUGUUGAAGAGGACGCAUGACUAUAUGGGUAUUUUGGAUGUGGAUGCUGGGGUGGAGGCGUGGGAGCAAUGGGUUGGUCAGGCCAUCUGA